AUGCCUAUGCCAGAUAAAAUAUUAAUGAGGAAGAUUAAAAAGCGGGAGAAAAAGAAGCUUAAACUCAUUGCUCAAAAAUCAAAUAACGACAUUGUUGAAGACGAAGUACAGGAAAGCAGCAAAUCUACAGAACCAACUAAAAGACCACUAGACACAAAUGGAGAAUCUAUACCCAAAAAAAAGAAAAAAAAGAAGCAAAAACCUACCGCAGAAACAGAAACAAAUGAAGUAGAAGUAAAAGAAGAGAUAGCAGACAAUGUUUCAGAUUCUGAAAACCAAGAGAAGAAAAAUGAUGAAAGUCAAUUGCCAGGAUCCAGCUUGUGCCUUGGAAUCUUAUCAGAUCAAAAAUUCUCAUCCCUUGAGGGUAAAGUCUGUGAACCAACGUUAAUGGGUGUUAAAGACAUGGGCUUUACGACUAUGACAGAAAUUCAAGCUAAAGCUAUACCACCUUUACUAGAAGGGAGAGAUCUGGUGGGAGCAGCUAGAACAGGAUCUGGAAAAACAUUAGCUUUUCUUAUACCGGCUAUUGAACUUAUAUACAAGUUAAAGUUCAAACCUAGGAAUGGUACCGGUGUUAUAAUUCUGUCUCCUACAAGAGAGUUAUCGAUGCAGACAUUUGGAGUUUUAAUGGAAUUAAUGAAGUACCAUCACCACACUUACGGUUUGGUUAUGGGAGGAGCUAAUAGAAGUACUGAAGCACAAAAGCUAUCCAAGGGAAUAAACAUAUUAGUGGCAACACCAGGAAGAUUACUUGAUCAUUUACAGAACACUCCAGAUUUCCUCUUCAAGAAUUUGCAGUGUCUUGUUAUUGACGAGGCAGAUAGGAUACUAGAAAUAGGAUUUGAAGAAGAGGUGAAACAAAUUAUAAGACUACUACCAAAACGUCGACAAACAAUGUUGUUCAGUGCGACUCAGACUAAGAAGACAGAAGCAUUAACAGCACUGGCAGUAAAGCAUGAACCAAUUUAUGUUGGCGUAGAUGACCACAGGGAACAGGCAACAGUUGAUUCACUAGAACAGGGUUACAUUGUAUGUCCAUCUGAAAAGCGUAUGAUGGUGUUAUUCACAUUUCUUAAGAAGAACAGAAAGAAAAAAGUCAUGGUAUUCCUGUCAACAUGUAUGUCAGUUAAAUACCACCAUGAACUAUUUAAUUAUAUUGACUUACCAGUUUUGUCAAUACAUGGUAAACAACAACAAGCCAAGCGGACAACAACAUUCUUCCAGUUCUGCAAUGCAGAGACUGGAAUACUAUUGUGUACGGAUGUGGCUGCCCGUGGACUUGACAUCCCAGCUGUUGACUGGAUAGUACAAUAUGAUCCACCAGAUGAUCCUAAGGAAUACAUACAUCGAGUAGGUCGUACGGCUCGUGGACUCGGGACCAGUGGACAUGCAUUAUUGUUCUUACGACCAGAAGAACUUGGCUUCCUGCGAUAUCUGAAGCAGUCAAAGGUCACACUGAAUGAAUUUGAGUUCUCUUGGAAUAAAGUCGCCGAUAUUCAAUUACAGCUUGAGAAGUUAAUAUCAAGAAACUACUUCUUAAACCAAUCUGCAAAAGAGGCAUUCAAGAGUUACCUGCGAGCAUAUGACUCUCACCAUUUAAAAACCAUCUUUGAUAUUGAUACUAUAGACUUAGCUAAAGUAUCAAAAUCAUUCGGUUUUACGGUACCACCAGCGGUUGAAUUGAAAGUUGCUCCUAAAAGCGGACCCACAAACAAACGCAAGGGUGGAGGUGGAUUUGGUUACUUCAAGAGUUUAAAUUCUUCUGGCCAAAAGAAGGUGGAGAAGACUAAGAUAUAUAGGCAGAAAGGAAAUAAUAAGCGUUCCAUUAGCUAA